AUUGAAAGUAGUAGUUCCUCCCUUCCCAUAGCCUCAGAGCUUCAGAGCACAAUGGUAGGGCGCACUACUGAAUUGGAACGUAUCAAAUGGUUACUCCUUGAAGACAACUCUGAAGAAAGACUGGUUGUACCAAUUGUUGGCAUGGCGGGAAUAGGUAAUACAACUUUUGCUAGAAGCUUGUACCAAGAUCCAUUAGUUAAAUCUCAUUUUGAUGUUCUUGCCUGGACAACUGUGUCUACGUCUGCAACAUAUGACAUACGUAGAAUGCUUCGUGAGCUUUUGUUGUGUAUUGAUCCAAAACAGAAGGAAUUCAUCCAUCAAGUCAAUGACGACCUACCUGACCUAGUACAUAAAGGGUUACUUGGUCGGAGGUAUUUGAUUGUUCUAGAUGACAUAUGGGACAGUAACCAUUGGGAGGAAAUUAAAAGGUCAUUUCCAGAAGAUCCUACUGGGAGUAGAAUAUUGUUGACCAGUCGACAUGCUGAAGUGUCCAUGCACGCAAGAUCGUAUAAUAAUUGUUCUUUAAACCUGCCUUUCUUUAAUUCAGAAGAAAGUUGGGAUUUAUUUCUUCAAAAGAUUCAUCUUGCAAGAUUGGGCUCAGAAGUUCAAGCAAUAUGGAGACACAUUGUCAAUUAUUUCAAGGGAUUUCCCUUUGCAAUUGUUAUAGCUGCUAGACUUGCACAAACAAUAAUAAUCAAUGAGUCAGUAUGGAUUUCCAAGGAAAUCGAGAGAAUAUUUUAUGAAAGGAUGUGUUAUGAAUUUGUUGAAGGUAUUUCAAAGAUACUUAUUUUGAGUUAUAACAACUUGCCUAACUUUUUGAAGAUUUAUUUUUUAUAUUUGGGGAUUUUUCCGGAAGGUAGCACUAUUCCAGUGAAAAAAACUUAUUAAAUUAUGGAUAGCAGAAGGGUUUGUGAAGGUA